AUGAAUCGGCCUAGUCGGUGCUCGGUGUUACUUCGUCGUAUCUUGACAAUUGGAAUGAAUGUCAGGACACAGGAUGAGAAGAAUCAGAUUGUACGUAAACGGAUGCUCGAUCUGCACGACAUCCGUGUGGGAAAAGUGCCGCACGACUCGCCGUGGUUGAGAAACGUCCGUCUGCAAUAUUCGCAAGACGGCCAGCGUAAGGAGUGGGACGUGAUAAGAAUCCACGACAGCGUGUGUAUAAUUAUCUUCAAUAUAAGUCGAAAAAAACUUGUGUUUGUCAGGCAAUUUCGACCGGCAGUAUAUUACGCAUUUCUACCGGAAAAUGAAGAUAAAGUCGAUGUCGAACGUUAUCCCGCAACGCUCGGAGUAACCUUGGAGCUCUGCGCUGGUAUCGUAGAUAAGGACAAGUCUCUCGUCGAGAUCGCCAGGGAAGAAUUAAGAGAAGAGUGCGGCUAUGAAGUACCUGCUUCGGCGUUUACGCAAAUCGCCACCUAUUUAUCCAGUGCUUCUGCUAGUGCAAAACAAACUCUUUUCUAUGUAGAAGUCACAGAUGAUAUGCAUACAUAUCCUGGCGGUGGUGCUGAGUCUGAAGGUGAACUUAUAGAAGUGGUAGAAUUGAGCAUUCCACAACUAAGAGACUACAUGAAAUCUAAGGAAAUACAAAGCCCAUCCAGCUUCCUCUUUGGUGUGUCUUGGUUUCUGUUUAAUAAAUCUGAAUAUUGUUCAUAGAUUAAACUAAAGGUCAUUCUGCUCUGAUAUCUAAAAUAAAAUAAAGCAGUACAAAUUAGUCACAAAUAAAAAAAAUUGAUUCUGAAAAUUA